AUGAGCAAUGGUAUUCUCAACGGACUUACCAGCCCCAGUCGUCUCCAGAAGAUUGAUCAGCUGCGCGAGAAGAACGUAGGGAAGCAUCUGCCACUGCCACAGCUCGUGGUUGUUGGCGAUCAAAGCUCCGGUAAAUCGUCAUUGCUGGAAACGCUUACAGGAAUUCCCUUCCCCCGCGGACAGGAGCUCUGCACUCGAUACGCGACGCAAAUAUCCCACCGUCGCGAUGAACUGGAGAGCAUCAAUAUCAGCAUCAUUCCUGGACCGCAAGCAACACCGUCAGAAAAGUCUCGACUAGAAGAAUAUCGGAAGUCCGUAAAGUCAACCACAGAUCUUCACGCCCAAUUUGAAGCUAUUUUAGAUGAGGUCAACAUCCACAUGGGUGUCAGAACGAGUAAAAACAAACAGGGCGAUAAGACCUUCAGCGAAGAUGUAUUGAAAAUCGAGAAGUGCGGCCCUGAUGAGGAUUACCUGACCGUGAUCGACGUGCCAGGAAUAUUUCGAAAGAUAACAGAGGGAAUUACGACCGAAAGGGACAAAGAGCUGGUCAGCAACAUGGUCAAGGACUAUAUUCGGGAUGACCGAACUGUUAUCUUGGCUGUACUGCCGAGCAACGUUGACGUCACGACACAGGAGAUCUUGGCACUUGCGGAAGAGUAUGACAAAGAGGGAGAGAGGACUCUGGGAGUCCUUACCAAGCCCGACCUUGUCACGGAACAUAGUGCCAAAGCAGUUGUCUGUAACCUGGUGGAAGGAAAACGACACCCACUGAACCUUGGCUACUACGUCGUGAGAAAUCGAGGCGAAACACGUCAGAUGCUUGAUGAGACUCGACAAGCGCUAGUUGAACUCGGCCAGUCUCGCCAGACAGAAAGGGAGCAGCAGCAAUAUCUUGUCACAAUUGCAAGUACAUUUCAGAAUAUGGCUCGAGCUGCUCUGGACGCCGACUACUCCGCACAUCCAGCCUUGAGAAAGGACGAGCUCCGACUCAUCACAUCAAUCAUAAACCUUACGGACAGGUUUAACUGUGAUUUUGUCACUUCGUCACAUACCCGCAGUUUCCAAUCUAUCAAUGUAUCUGAGUCCGACCCUGAGUCUGAGGAAGAGGGAUCAACUGGAGGUGAUGACUCGGAUGAAGGUGACGUGGGCAGCCUGCAACUCGGGCGUUCAGACGGCUAUGAAUUUCAAGUACCUGAUCCGAAAGAGUAUCCCGAGCUAGAAAAGAUUGUCACCACGGAAAAAAACUCAGAAAGCCCGGCGGAAGACGUCAUGGAAUGGAUCAAGAACAUCUAUCGUCGGUCCCGUGGAGCUGAGCUAGGCACAUUUGGUCCAGGCCUGCUCUCCAGUACUUUUCGCGAGCAGUCCGACAAAUGGGCUUCCAUGACCCGGACUUAUCUCGGCAAAGUCAUUUUGAUCAUUCACGGGUUCAUUAUGAGGGCAUUGGGCGAAAUAUGCACAGACAGCAGAGUCCGGGAGGAGCUCAUAUCAACUAUCAUGACAGAUCUCCUCGCCAGAUACAAGGCCGGCAUGGAUCAAGGCAAGUUCCUCGUCGACGUGGAAAGGAACAGGAAGCCAUAUACCCUCAAUCCCUAUUUUACCACUCAUCUCCAAAAAUCCCGCAGUCUUCGAGUUACCGAAAACUUUCGAGCGAUGGCUCACGACAAAGACACGGAUGUCGGCAAACGUUAUGUGGUUGAUCUUGACAGUAUUCGGUCUUCGGUGAACGACAAGACGAACAUGGAACAUGCGAAGGAGGACAUACACGACAUUCUCGAAGCUUACUACAAGAUCGCCCGUGAGCGUUUCGUGGACAACAUCUAUCAACAAGCCGUAGACCACUGUCUGCUGUCGGGACCAGCGAGUCCGCUUAGGCUCUUUUCGGAGCAAUGGGUGCUAGAAUUGGACGAGCAUAAGCUCGCGGACAUUGCUGGAGAAUCACGCUCUAUUAGAGAGAGGAGGGAGAAGUUGAAGAAGAAGGUCCAUGAUUUAGAGGUCGCUAUGGAUAUAUUGCGGUGA